AUGUCGUACUUCCUCACCCUCAACCCAUACAAUCUUGCCUCUUCCGGCAUUGGCUUUUGCGUAGGUUUAUCCGCCAUUGGCGCUGGCUGGGGUAUCUGGACAUGCGGUACUGCCUCAUGCGGCACUGCCGGUAUAUCUGGAAAAAUUUCAAUGAGAGAUAUCAUGAACCUCAUUCUUUGCGAAGUUAUUGCUAUUUACGGUCUUAUUAUGGCUAUUGUUCUUGAAGGCCGUUGCCCAACACCACCAUCUGGUUCAUCUCAGCUCGAUUACCGUAAAUUACACCAUGCUGGUUUCUCAGUAUUCUUCUCUGGUUUAGUCCAGGGCUGCUGCAGCUUCUCUGCUGGUCUCGCUAUUGGCGUUGUCGGCGCUACAAUUUCAAUUGUUUGCCACCGUGAUGCUGAUCUCUUCUUCAAAUUGCUUAUUGUCCAAAUUUUCUCAGAACUUAUUGGUAUUAUGGGUCUUCUUGUUUGCCUUCUUACAUCUAUGAAAUCAGAUUUCCAGGGCGCUUACGGCUCCGUUAAAUUAUAA